CAAGCUCCAACUUCCAACCAAACGACUCCACUGACCUUACUAUGACCCGUGUUCAUUUCUUCAGAUUUCCAAAGACCAAAAGUCGUCCAUCAACGCCAGGCAGGAGCUCUAUAUAAGCAAGUGAACCAACCCCCUCCUAGCUCACAACACACGCUUGACACUCGCACACACUCCUCCCCCGUUCCAUUCCUCCGCGCGCACAAGUCAGCAGCAGCAGCAGCGCAGCUCGAUCGUGAACUCCGCAGCUAGUUUUCCAGCCAGAAGCCAUGGCAAGAAGGCUCCUUGAGGCCGCCGUCGAAGGCAUGCCGCCGCAGGACUCGCUCAACUCGGACCUGGUCGUCAUCCUCGCGGGCCUCCUCUGCGCGCUGGUCUGCGUCCUGGGCCUGGGCCUCGUGGCCCGGUGCGCGUGCACCCGGCGCUGGGCCCGGGCCGCGGGCGCGUCGUCUUCUCCGCCGGGCGCGAACAAGGGCGUCAAGAAGGAAGUUCUGCGCUCCCUCCCGACCGUCACGUACGUCUCCGACGGCCGCGGCGGCAAGGCUGAUUCGUCGGAGUCCGAGGCGGAGGCCGACGAGUGCGCCAUCUGCCUGGCCGAGUUCGAGGACGGGCAGGAGAUGCGCGUGCUGCCGCAGUGCGGCCACGGGUUCCACGCCGCCUGCGUCGACACCUGGCUGCGCUCGCACUCCUCGUGCCCCUCGUGCCGCCGGGUGCUGGUCGCCGCCGACCAGAUGCCGCGCGGCGAGCGGUGCCGACGAUGCGGCGCGCGCCCGGGCCCCGGCGUCGGCAUCGGCAUCGGCGCGCCCCUGAAGGCGCCGUGUGGCGGGGGCGAGGGCCCGGCGUUCUUGGCGUAGUGGUGGGCCGUGGGCGGCACACGCACUCUGGAGUCUGGAGUCUGGACGAAAGCUGAGUGAAAAGCGUGUUCAGUGAAAUUAGCCGGUGUAUAUGCGGAGCCACCGGUUCAGUUUCUUGCUUUCUUGGCUUUCACCAUCUAGGUCUCAUUCUUUUUAGGUGUGACUAGUUGGAAGUUAAUUAGGAAUGGCAGCCAGUUAGGAGCAUCAAGAUGUCAUUUGUGUGUGUAUUUCACGAGGGGGAUAUCUGAUUGCAACCUCUCAUUGUACAUAUGUGAAAAGUUAUUAAACACGCACCUUGCUUGAAUUCAGAAAACA